UGAGUCAACGCCUGGGAAGACACCGGACUUCCGUUUCGAUCCAGCCGGGCUGCGCCAUUGUUUGCGUGGGCCUAGGGUUUUGGACCCUCCGGGUGUUCCUUCAGAGGCUCCGUAAGUGGCGCCGACUCUCGAGAGGGCCGAGCCAGAUGUGGACCAGGGCUGGAAGUGCUGUGGCUGAAGGAAGAGUGGCAGAAAAGUAGAGUUGGGGCGAAAAGCGACUCCGACUUAGAAACAUUGGCGACACCCCGGUAUAGAGACUUACCCGUGAUCAGCAAGGAAGAACCUGAGUGGUAAAGGCUCAUGCCCCCACUUUACAGAUUUCUUCUGCCCCAAAAGCCUCAUCUUUAACCAGAUGGCAGUAACAUUUGAAGAUGUAACAAUUAUUUUUACUUGGGAAGAGUGGAAAUUCCUGGAUUCUUCUCAAAAAAAUCUCUACUGGGAGGUUAUGUGGGAGAACUACACAAAUGUCAUGUCAUUAGGAAACUUGAAUGAGAGCUACAAGCCACAAGAAGAACGAUUCAAAUACUUACAAUAUGAAAAUUUUUCCUUCUUGCAGAGCUGGAGAAAUGCUAGCACUCAGAUAUACGAGAAUCAAAAUUAUAAUGAAACCAUUCAAGGGGUAGAUUCCAAAAAUGUAAAGCAACAAGAUCUUUCCCAGUGUCAAGAGUGGUUAAUUCUCUCCACACAAGUACCAGAGUAUGGAAACUAUGAACUGACCUUUGAAGGUGCAAGCCAUAGGAACUUAAAAUUCAGAAAGUUAAUACCUUGGCAGUCCUUAGAAACCAAAACCACCCAAGACUUUAGUAGAGAAGAUUACAUGAAUGAUUCCCAUGGUUUUCGAAGGGACGGAAACCAUCUUGUCAUAUCUAGGAAAAAUCUUUUUAUGGAAAAAGACCAGAAAUUCAUAGCUCAGCAUUCUUAUAUCUCAGUGGAAGAAGCCCUUCCAGUAUAUAUUGGGGAGAUAUGCCAGUGUGACCUACUGAGAGACUCUAUGGAGGAGAAAUACUGUGUCUGUAAUAAAUGUAAAGAAAUUCGUCAUUGGAACUCACAAUGUGUUCUCCACAAGAGAAAUCAACUUGGAGAAAAUCUCUAUCCAUACUCCAUUGGCACAGCAUGCUUCUCUCAGAGAUCAGAUUUUUACAGAUAUCCAAGAAUCCACAUAAGUAAGAAGCUGUAUGGAUGUGAUGAAGUUGGCAGUAACUUUAGUCUUGGCUCAGGAGUUUACUUUCAUCAGAGAGUCUUCACAGGGGGUAUACCUUAUAUAUGUAAUAUAUGUGGUAAGAGCUUCAGUCAGAUUUCUUGUCUUCAUAGUCAUCAAAGUGUCCAUACAGAAGAGAAACACUAUAAAUCUGAGUGUAAUAAGGACCUCAAUACAAAUUCACUAUUUCACAUUCAUCAGAGUCUUCACACAGAAGAAAAACCCUUUAAGUGUGAUCAGUGUGGUAAGAGUUUUAGUCGGAGUUCAGUACUUCAUGUUCAUCAGAGAGUCCACACUGGAGAAAAACCAUAUAAGUGUGAUGAAUGUGGUAAGGGCUUCAGUCAGAGCUCAAAUCUUCGAAUUCAUCGAUUAGUACAUACAGGAGAGAAGUCUUUUAAAUGUGAUGACUGUGGUAAGCGCUUUACUCAACGCUCAAAUCUUCAAAUUCAUCAGAGAGUGCAUACAGGAGAGAAGCCUUAUAAAUGUAGUGACUGUGGGAAAGACUUCAGCCAUAGCUCAGAUCUUCGCAUUCACCAGAGGGUCCACACAGGAGAGAAACCUUAUACCUGUCAUGACUGUGGGAAGGGCUUUAGCAAGAGUUCAAAACUUCACACUCAUCGAAGAAUACACACUGGAGAGAAACCUUAUAAAUGUGAAGAGUGUGGUAAGGGAUUCAGUCAGCGUUCACAUCUUCUCAUUCAUCAGAGAGUUCAUACAGGAGAAAAACCCUAUAAAUGUGCUGAUUGCGGGAAGGGCUUUAGUCACAGCUCUAAUCUUCACAUCCACCAGAGGGUCCAUACUGGAGAGAAGCCUUAUCAAUGUGCAAAGUGUGGUAAGGGUUUCAGUCAGAGCUCAGCACUUCGAAUUCAUCAAAGAGUCCACGUGGGAGAGAAAACUUAUAAAUGCCAUGAGUAUUAUAAAGGGUUUGAUCAGAAUUCAUAUCUUCACAAUAAUCACAAGAGAGGAACUGUAUAAAUCUUGUUUAUUAAUAGCUUCAAGUAAAAUUUAAUCAUUAAACUCAAUAAAUGCUGCUGGAAAAGAAAUCCUAUAAUUAAUACAGAAUUCUAAACAAAAAUAGUUUCCCCUCCUACCUCAAGAGGCAAUUCUUAGGAGAAUUACUAUUUAUUUAAAAUUAAAUGUAUUUUCUUUACUAUAAAUACAAAACAUAAUUAUUACAAAAUAUAUAUUAAAGUUUAAGGAAGGAUUUUUUUUUUUGCA